AUGUACGAUGUUAAUAAUGUGUACGAGCUGCGAGAGAGACUGGCUAGUAUUCAUUUUGAACCUUUUCCUGUUGUCAAUUUGGACAUUUACAGUCAAAAUGAACAUGACAAUCUAUUUGAAAUGAGAAACUCCCACGAGAACGAUAGUAAUUACAACGAAUAUCGGCUGCCGCCACCUUUUCCUUUUCAAUACGAAAGUCCACUCUAUUCACGUUCAAUCAGCAUUGCCGAUGAUGUUUUUGAUUCUGGCAAUAAUAACAAUAACGCAGUGACAACACCCGGCUAUGAUGAAAACGAUUAUGAUGACGUUGACGAUGACGAAAAUCCCAAAAAGGGAAUUUUAAAACAAAUGUUUUGCCUACCUUUAAAUUAAACAAUUUUUAUUAUAUUGGAAACAAAGCCUACAAAAUUGAGAAGUCGAAAUUGUAAUAAAAAAUUUAAUUAAAAUUUUUUUUUACAAUUCAAAAUCUCUGAGUAGAAUUAAAAUUAUCUCAAUUGACAAAAGGCAAAAUCACUGCAAAACCAGAAACACUUUAUUCGCUCGAAAAGACGGUGGCAGCUAAUUUGCGUUUGUAGUUUAUUGUUAUAAUAAUGAAAGUUCCUUACUCAAAAUACAUUUUCAUGUAUAUAUAAAUUUAGAAGCCACUCAAUCAUGUUAAAAAAAUUUAAUAUUAACCAUAUAUUGUCAAAUUGAAAAAUCAUUAGCCAUCUUAUUGAAAGAUUUGUCGUUAUAUUGUCGGAUUGAGAGAUUAGUCAUUCUCUAAUGUCAAAUUGAACAAUGAUAAUUAAUCACGUCAAAAUUGAAAAAUUAUUAGCAAUAUAAAAAAAAUAUAUUUGGCACAAAUUAGAGAAAUCUUCGAAAAAUUAGGAAACUAUUAAUCGUAUUGAAAUGGUGUAAUGUUAAGAAAAGAAAAAAAAAUUCAAGCACUGGGUCUGCUUGUAUUGUUGAUCGUAAAUUUAUGUUAUAUAAUCAAAAUUGUGAAUUGAUGUUUUAUAUCUUGAACUCCAGUUGAAAGGGCGUUAAUUCUUUUUUUUUUUUUUUUUUUUUUUUUUAAAUACUUUGACCUUUCUUUGCUUGAAAAGUAUGUCAAGUAAACUUUAAAAACAUUUUCUUUUUUUUUUUUGUAAAUUAUUUUUUUAUAAAUAUUUUUAUUUUUCGUAAACAUUUUAUUUUUUGUAUAAAUACUUUUUUUUAUUUUUCAAUAAAUAAACUGGAUUCCCAAAUUGGAAUCUUAAUUAUAAAAAAAUUGCUAACUUUUGCCGUAAAGACCCAUAAUUAAAUUUGGCAAAAGAUGAAAGAAAGACGCUUAGUUGUGAAACUUUUCAAUCCAAUAUUAUAAGAAUAAUAGUAAAAAAUAUAUAAAUAUAUAUAUAUAUAUAUAUAUACAAAUUAACUUGGAAUUGUAUUGAGAACGUUAAAUGAAGAAUAUGGCCGUUCAAAGUAUUUUUAUAAAGUCUAAUUUACGUUUUAAUUAUUGAUCAUUCCAGAGAUCUUAUAUCGAUAGAUAUGAUAUUGUUCAAGUUCUAUAUUAAAAAAAAAAACAUCAUUAUUAUUGAUAUAUUAAAAUAUCUAUAUUAAUGAAAGAAUAUUAGUUCCUUGACGACGAAAUGAAGUAUAUAAAGACAGCGAUAAAACAAAAAAAAAAAAAAAGACAGAGAAACAAUUAGUUACGUAUAAUAUGUAAAUAAUUUAAUUAGGGAAUUAUAGGAAAAGUGAUUAAAGCAUUUACUAUGAUAUUCGUCGUGGGAUAUAUUUUAAAAUAUAAGAAAGUGUCGAGUAUAUAUCAAAGGUUUAAAAAGAAAAAAAAAAUUGAAAAAAUAAAAUAGUACACACGGUGAAAGAAAAAAUAGGCUCAAGCGAUUUUGAAAUUCGUCGCAUAUAACAUGUAUAUAAUAAUAAUAAUAUAUGACAAAGAUUCGAAAAAUGUAGGUUUUCUAGGAAAUUACCAAUUAAGAUUCUAAAAAAUGAAACAGAAAUUGCCAUUUAUGGCAAAAAAAAAAAAGUUUUACUCGCAGAGGCCUGAUAUUUCAUAAGCCCAUUUUAAUAUUACUCACAUAACGACUUUAAUUACUUAGAUUGUACUUACCCAAGCUUCAAAACACAGAAUUUGAAACAGAAAACAAUUUUUCAAAGACGAAUGUAUUAUAUGAACAUAGUUCAAUGUAUCCUAUAUUUAAGUUCUUUUUUUUUCUUUUUUUAUUUAUAAUUUUUCCUUCAAGAAAAAAAAUUUUAUUUCUUAAUUUGGAAAAAUAUUAUUUUUAUUUCCAUAUUUCUUUGGGAAUUAAAGCAAAAAAAAAAAAAAAAAAAAAUUCAUAAUAUAUCGACAUUUUAUUUUUCAUUUAAAAAAAAUUUUUUUUUCGCGUUUUGUAUUUUCUUGUAAAAAAAAAAAAUAAUAAUAAUAUUAAUUUCAAAGCCGUUUCACAUCUGUUUUAAGAUCUGAUAUAUUAGUUGAAUGACCACAGAUUGACAAUUUCUUUCAUUAUUCAUUACAAAAAACUUAUAAAAGAAUCUUCAUUAAUCUCAUGUAUUUCUGGUCUUCCAAUCCAUUUUACAAUGUUAUUUUUUUCUAUAUUGUAUAAAGAAAUUGAAUAACGAUUUUAUAUGAUGGAUUUAUUUUUUAUUAUUAAUAUUAUUAUUAUGAUUGACAUAUUAUAUGAUCCCCGUGACAAUUUUGCCAAAGACGUGUCUACUGAGUCGUUUGGAUUUAAAUUAUUGCUUUUUUAAAAUCAGGAAAUAAAAAAUGAAUCACAUAUAAUGUUUAAUUCUGACAAUUUUUUUUUUUUUUUAAUGAAAAUUCAGUCGCUAAUAAACAUAUUUAGGAGUGUGAUAUAUGGUUUAUUGAAUUUACAAGAGUACGAUAUAAUGUUGAUAAUAUUAUGAUUUAGUAUUUAACACAAUAUGUAUUAUUUUAUACACAGCUCUUAAAAAAAAGAGUAUAUUUACUUUGCAGAGAAAUAAACACUUUUAGGAAAAGA